GCGAGGGCGCUUCCACCACUCCAGCCUCCCAAAGUCGCAGUCAGGACACAAACUUUACGCACGACUUUUCUUCAGGAGCUCACCGGCACUGAAGGAUCACAGACGCAAGGCACAAAGACACAACAUUCUGUUCUCACCUGGAGUUCAAUUGAGCCUGAAGACAAGUUUACUGAAGAACUAACUUGGAAUACUUUUUUUUUUUGUUAAAUACAAAAAUGAACGUUCAAAAGGCAGCGUUGUUUGUGAGUUGGGCGAUUCUGUGCGCCGACGUCUGUCUGAGCCAGAGAGACUGCGCAGGUGUGGACUGUCCUGCUCUUCAGAACUGCAUCGAAACCGUUUCAGAAAAGGGCGCCUGCUGCACCACCUGUAAGCAGAGAGGCUGCACCUGCGAGGGUUACCAGUACUAUGACUGCGUCCGGGCAGGGUUCCGGAAGGGGAAAGUCCCAGAGAGGGAGUCUUACUUUGUGGAUUUCGGAAGCACGGAAUGCUCCUGUCCCCAGGGAGGAGGCAAAAUAGGCUGCCGGUUUAUUCCGUGCCCUGAAAUUCCCCCCAACUGCAUUGAUAUUUUACAACCUGCAGACGGCUGCAUGCAGUGCGGGCGAAUUGGCUGCGUGCACGGCAGCAAGAAAUAUGAAGCGGGACACUCCUUUCAGAUGGAACAGUGCCAGGUUUGCCACUGUCCGAAUGAAGGUGGAAAGUUAACGUGUUCACCCAUCUCUGGCUGCGACCUCCGAAAGGUCAAUAACCCAACAUGGGUGAGAAAGACAGAAAACAACAACCCUUCGAGGGACAUUAACGGUCGCCACAGCGGCCAACAAACAAGGCCCGUAGAACCCUUUCCCAAGCUGGCAGCGGGGAAAACUCUACCGCUGUAUAAGCAGGACCCACCCAGUUUUGGCACAGAGGAUUAUGACUACACACUUGCAGAACCGACAUCUCCCACAAUCCCAGAUCUGGCCCAGCCACUGGAAUCUACUACAGUACCACCAGCUCACCCCGAGUCAAGUUCCACGUCCUUCAGCUCUCAUGAUGACAGGAGACAUGAAAUGAGAGAAAAACAACAAAACCAGAAUCCAGCGAGGAGCAGCGAGGAGGAUGAAGUCACUCAUAACGCUGGUCCAACCACCGCAGGGGCCCAGACCAAAAAAACACCGCUGCUAACAACUACUAGUAGCGCACAGACGGCGACCACAGAGAACCACAGGCUGCUGCAGGAAAUUAGUCAAACGACCAGUAGACAUAACAGUGACGGGCACAGAGCGGUGCAGGACGCCGUGAGAGACGCAGCACACGCCGCACACGCCAACAAAACUGGCAGGCACUUCAGCCAUCACAAACGCAGCGACGGUCACGCCGCAAAUCACGACAGCUCCCACUCCGGCACUCACAGGGGACAUGUGGAGCAAAAGCAGACGCUCGGUAGAGAGGAGCAGGCCUCCUACCCCACCGUCCAGUUCCGUCCCACACACAGAGCCCCGGUCAGGAUGAAAGAGGAGGGUGAGCAGCCUCUACGACAGCCCCAGACCCUCCACAACUACCAGUCCCAGGAUGUGGAGGGAGACGCACGAGUGUCUGCCAAGGAGCUGGUGAAGACCUGCUGUGAGACGGGGGAGAAGUGGGCCUCGGCUAAUGGACACUGCGGCGACAUGGAGCCGCCCACAAAAGACAGACACUCCAUCUGCUGGACUUCCCAACAACAGUGCUGCCUCGGCUCCCUGAGAGAAAACCGGUGUUUGGCUGGAAUCAGCGCAGCCAGAGAGGGCCGCGUGUGCGAGGAGGAGGCCAGCGAUAAUUGUGGGAUUGACUCCUUCAAAGAGUGCUGCGGCUGCUGUUCACUGGGGCUGCAGUUCCGCAGAGAGGGACAUCACUGUGCAGCUCACCACUACCUGGGCUUCCACUGCAGACAUGUCUUUCUAAACUGCUGCAAGGCGGCGGCGGAGGAGGAGGAGGAGGAGGAGGAGCUGGCCGGGAAUCAAAAUGGCUGGCACACUGUCCGAGAGAAGCCCACCCAGGAUUCCAGUCCACCGCCGAAAAAAGUGUCAGACACUCCGUACCCUAAAGAGGCGUUCACCAUCGGGGAAGAGAGGGAAGGCGAGAACACCGUGGAGGGUCCCGUCGAGGUGGAGGACAUGGACGAGUGCCUGAUAUACGAGGGCACCAUCUGCCACCACAGAUGUGUCAACACGCCGGGCUCCUUCCGCUGCGAGUGCUUCCCGGGAUACGUGCUGCAAGACGACGCUUUCACUUGUGCACAAGAGAUGAUGGACGAGGAGAACAGACUGAAGGAGGAGGAGGAGGACGACAGAGGAGCAGCGGUGGAGUCCACCUCGCCCCCGCCACCUCCCUCCGAGGCCACUGUCCCAAUCAACCCGUGUGAAGGAAACGGCCCCUGCGAGCAACAGUGCACCCCAGUGGGCGGAAGGCCACAUUGCUCCUGCUCGACAGGAUUCUCCCUCAGGACGGACGGACGUUCCUGUGAAGACGUAAACGAGUGUCUGUCCGCGCACGCCUGCCAGGUGGACGAGCGCUGUGUGAACAGCGCGGGGAGUUUCAUCUGUCAGAGGCCGAUCGCCUGUCCCGCGGGAUACCACAUCAACAACGACAUCUGUGAAGAUAUAAACGAGUGUGUGCACAUGAGCCAUAACUGUGGCUUUGGCUUCGAGUGUGUGAACACUGAGGGCUCGUUCAGGUGCAACCCCACAACCCGCUGUCCUGCGGGCUACACGCCGGACACACAGGGCAACUGUAUAGACAUUGAUGAGUGCGGCGCUUUGGUCCAGCCGUGCAGCACGGGAUUCAACUGCAUCAACACAGCAGGGUCCUACAUGUGCCAGAGACAGAUUAUAUGCAGCCGCGGCUAUCACGCCAGCCCUGACGGAGCCCGCUGUGUCGAUGUGGACGAGUGUCAGAGUAAUCUGCAUCGAUGUGGAGAGGGACAGCUGUGCCACAAUCUGCCCGGCUCGUAUCGCUGUGAAUGUCAGACAGGCUAUCAGUACGACUCGUUCAGGAGGACGUGUGCGGAUAUAAACGAGUGUUGGCGUUACCCGAGUCGACUGUGUGCUCAGACCUGCGAGAACACUCUGGGCUCCUAUCAGUGCUCAUGCACCCCGGGCUUCCGCUUAUCCAGCGAUGGCAAGACCUGUGAAGAUGUGAACGAGUGUCUGGCCAACCCGUGCGGUCAGGAGUGUGCCAACGUCUACGGCUCGUACCAGUGCUACUGCAGACAGGGCUACUACCUCAGGGAGGACGGGCACACCUGCGACGACAUCGACGAGUGCACCCAGAGCAUCGGCCACCUCUGCACGUACAAGUGUGUGAACGCACCUGGCAGCUACCAGUGUGAAUGUCCAGAAUCUGGCUACACCAUGUCCCCUAAUGGACGCUCUUGCCGAGAUAUGGACGAGUGCACCACAGGGGCCCAUAACUGCAGCCUCGCCGAGACCUGCUACAACAUCCAAGGAAGUUACCGCUGCCUGUCCCUCAGCUGUCCGCCCAACUACCGCAAAGUGUCUGACACGCGCUGUGAGCGGAUCACUUGCCCAAACUACCUGGAGUGUCAAAACUCGCCGCUGAGAAUCACCUACUACUACCUCAGCUUCCAGUCCAACAUCAUCAUCCCCGCGCAGAUCUUCCGCAUCGGCCCGUCGCCCGCCUACUCCGGGGACAACGUCAUCGUCAGCGUCACGCACGGCAACGAGGAGAACUACUUCAGCACCCGCAAGCUGAACGCCUACACGGGCGCCGUGUACCUGCAGCGGCAGGUGGAGCGUCCGAGGGACUUCCUCCUGAACGUGGAGAUGAAGCUGUGGAGGCAGGGGACGUUCACCACGUUCCAGGCCAGGAUCUACGUUUUCAUCACGGCCAACUCGCUUUAACAGCCGGAGCCAAACUGGGGCCACUAUGGACCCGAGUACAGGACUCUUUCAGACCACUCUGUAACAAUGUCACCAGAUAAACCAGAUAAUGCCACUGUCUGCCGUUUAGUUAAUCUCACUUACUGUACGUGCGGCUGAAAUGAAUAUAAACACUUUGCUGUAGAGUAGUAAUAUGAAUGUAUUGCUAUGUAUCAGUGUCAGUGUGGUAUUUUUUUAUAAUUUCUGUCUUUUUAUUUCCCACUUUCAUACUUGAAAUUGCAGACAAUUGUAGUUGUUAAUAUCCUUGGCUGAGAAAACACAUUCCUUACAUUCGAAACAUCAUAAAAACGUGUAGAAAUCAAAGAUAUUUAUUAUCUUAACCAGGCGAGCGUAUGAAUACGUUAUGGGUCUCCUGUCAUCGUUCCGUUAUCAGAUGAUGAAUUCAUUUAAGAGGAGAACUAGGACGUUUCCACGGCAGCCAUUUUGACGCGUUUUGGCAGGAAACGCACACGUGUCACAGAUCACGCUAAUGAUGGCUCCGUUCACUCCGCCAGGAACGAAAAGUGUGAGGAAGCCAAAUGGAACUCAGCCAUCGUUACCUUGAUUUGCUUCUUCUUUUCUUGUCUUUUUUUACACUUGUGCUUUUCUUCCGAUCACCUGACAAAAUGUCUGCCGUUGUUUUUAAAGAGAUUCCAUUACAGAGCCUAUGGUGUAUUUUUUAUAUCCCUGUAAUCACACACACACACAUAUCAUAGAUGGAUGUAUCAUAUUUUUUUAUGCUGAAUUCUUAAGUAUUUUAGUAAAAUAUUGUGUAUAAA